CCCGACAGGCUCGAGAGAACGACGACACCGGGAGGAUCUCGAGACCCCCCCGUUAGUUGACGGCGUCAACUUCCGGGCGGCUAUAAUAGGAGUAACAGCAGCGGUCGUCGCCGUUCUCGAGGGCGUGAGCGGAGGAGAGCAAGGCCAGGGCACGCAAGGUAAAGGAAGCCGCCUCACGACGAGAUCCUGAUCUCUUGGACCGGUCUUCCGAUUUAUAAUCCUACUAUGGAAGUACUAUUCUUGGGAGAAUAUGAACAUGUUCGUGAUGAUAGGAACCAAUAGACAUUCCUUCAAAUGGUAAUAUAAUUACUGCAUUUAUGUGAUAGCUCAAUGGGUAAGGAAGUGACAGAAUUAUCAAGGGAUGGGGAAAGAGAUUGUGUUCUCAUGCAUGCACCCAACGGUAAAACUGAUCAAAAGAGUCCCUGCAAACCUUCCACAGUUGCUGGGUCAGAUGAAGCUAUAGAUAAUAAUCAGGAUGAUGCAAAUUCUCAAGGGCAUGCAGUACCUCAUAUUAAAAAUUUGAGUAUAGAUCAGGACACAACAGAAAAGAACUUUGGUGAUCCAAAAUCUUCAAAUCAGAAGUCAGCAUCAUCAAACUCUGAUAAUGCUACUGGAUCUGACCACACUGUUCCUCAGCCAUUUGCUCCCACAACUGAAAAGCAUGUUUCUGGUGGAAAUCGUGCUUUUGUUGCUAAACCUGCUAUCAGUGGAGACAAACAUCCUAAUGUAGAUAUACAACGUGCCAAUAUCCAUCAGAAGGCUCAGAGUAACUUGAUGCUCACGUCUAGGAAGCCGCUGCAUCCCGAUAAUAUCAUGCACCCAGACGAUGAGGAUUCUUGCUCUGUUGCUUCUUCUAGUACACUAUCUAUAAGGAAUUUGAAAGCUAGAACAGUGGCAGUUGCCCCUACAUUCAGAUCCAGUGAACGUGCAGAGAGGCGGAAAGAGUUCUACUCGAAAUUAGAAGAGAAACAUCAAGCUCUAGAAGCUGAGAAGCUCCAAUGUGAAGCUAGGACCAAGGAAGAACAAGAGGCAGCUCUAAAGCAACUAAGGAAGAGUUUAACUUUCAAAGCGACACCAAUGCCCAGCUUCUACAAUGAGGGUCCUCCGCCUAAGGUUGAACUAAAGAAGGUACCUCCAACUCGUGCAAAAUCACCAAAGUUUGGUCGAAGGAAGAGCUAUGGUGACGCGAGCAAUGUGGCCGAAGGAGAGAACCACAGCGGAGUACGAGUUCGGCUUCAGCGGCACAGUGUGGGUGCUUGCAAAGAUGCCGCAAACAAGUUACACAGUAGUCCCAAGAACAGAAAUGCAACCAAAGCCAAGGAUGGGGCGAAACCCACUAGGGAGAACUCUACUCCCCAUGCUGACAAGGCAGCAGCUCAAGCUGCCACCAUCACCACCGAGCCGAGUCAGGCGGACACUCUGCAGCCCUAAUGUCUGCUUUUCCAUGCACUCUUGACCUUAAAUUUUUCUUGCGUCGCAAAAUUUACCCUAUAAUUUGCCUCGACAUGGAAGUGACAAUCAUCAAUGUGAGCAAGUUUGUCAGUGGACUUUAGAUGUAAGUUGUAGAAUUAGUAUGUAUGCAGUGAUCCUGACGGUUGUGUAUGUAAGCUGCUGGAGUUAUUAUUAUUAUUGUUCAUGGAACCUGAA